AUGCAGUUCUAUUCGACAGUUCUUGUUGUGAUCGGUAUUGUUGUGGUGUCUGCAAUGGAAAGUGGCGUACAUCAAUUGCCAAUUAAGAUGUUCGAUGAUCUUGAGCACGAUCUACGACCGUUAGUGGCUGAUUCAAACCCACUUUCUACGGAUGGAUACAAAGUCUAUCCCGGACAGUUCCCGUACCAUGCUCGGUUGUUUACUGAACGUGAAGGUUUAGCUGGUACUGUCCUGACUGCCGGGUCUCUCAUCACACCGAAUUAUAUCCUUACGCGUGCAGUGAUCACAAAUAGAGUUACUUAUGGAUAUGCGAUUUUGGGUAUCGGUGAUGGAAGCAGCGAAGAAACACAGCAGCGAAUCAACUUCUCCCGAAAUGCUACGCAGGUACAUCCCAUCCACGACAUCGCUACAGUUCGCCUAGAUCAUCCAGUUACCUUCACGAAGUUCGUGCAGCCGAUUCGUUUGCCCGGCCUAUCGGACUCUCGCACGUAUGAGAUGAUGGAGGGCACACACGUUGGAACUACUUUCGGACCACUGUUUUAUUUGAGUAAUCAGAUAAUGUCGAACAAGGAUUGCCAUGAGCAACAUCCUUAUGAAUCCAUAGCAUCUUAUCAUAUUUGCACGAAUGCAUUCAUAGGAGGAACAUUCUGUGGUAAAGUGCACGGUUCUGGGUUGAUCGUUGAGGAUGAGAAUGGGCCAAUACUGGUUGGAGUUACGUCUUCAAUUUAUGUAUGUGACGUUAACUAUCCUAUGGUUUUUGAACGUGUAUCUGAGUUUCGCAACUGGAUCAGUGUGAACUCGGACUAUGUGUUUGAUUUUUAA